UACCAGACCUUUAGUUGAAUCACUCAAUUGGCUAAACAUAAGCUUAAAAUCACAGACACUUAAGCAGUUUAAAUGGGUGUGAAUUAAGCGAAAUUCAAUUUUUCCGAUGAUAUAAACCAUACAUUUUGGCAGUAGUUUUGCAAUAUUAUUAACAAUACUAUCUCUGUUUGAUGUGCGGCUGUUUUGCUGGUAUAUCUGCGGACUUGAAUUGAAUUAACCCUAAUAUUGUGGUCAAUACAAUCGCAAACAUGUUGACCACCGACGGGAAAAAUAAAGAUGAGAUUAUACCCAUGUAUAAAAGAAAUCCCAACGAUGAUAAUGGUAACGACAAUGGCAUUUGUGCCCUACUAUUGACAAUGAUCUCCAUAUUCUUCAUUGUCAUUACUUUCCCAAUUUCGCUCAUAUUCUGCAUCAAAGUGGUCAAGGAGUACGAGAGGGCAGUUAUAUUCCGUUUGGGUCGAUUAGUGAAAGGCGGUGCCAAAGGACCGGGACUUUUCUUCAUUAUCCCCUGUAUUGACAACUAUCGGUGUGUAGAUCUCAGGACUGUAUCAUUCAAUGUUCCGCCGCAAGAGAUCCUAUCGAAAGACUCGGUGACCGUCAAAGUGGACGCCGUUGUCUACUAUCGCAUCUCCAACGCCACGAUCGCCAUCUGCAACGUCGAGGACUACUCCAAAUCGACCCGUCUGUUGGCCGCCACCUCUUUGCGCAACAUUUUGGGCACAAAGAACUUGUCGGACAUAUUGGCCGACAGAGAGUCCAUUUCCCACAAUAUGCAGACGACGCUCGACGAGGCGACCCAUCCAUGGGGUGUUAAAGUGGAAAGGGUUGAGAUCAAAGACGUCGGACUUCCCGUUCAAUUGCAGAGAUCUAUGGCGGCGGAAGCCGAGGCGACCAGAGAUGCCAGGGCUAAGGUGAUCGCUGCUCAGGGCGAGCAAAACGCCGCGCGUGCCCUCAAAGAGGCGGCCGAAGUGAUCAGCGAAUCGCCGGCCGCUCUUCAGCUCCGGUAUCUCCAGACACUCAACUCAAUCGCCGCCGAAAAGAAUUCCACAAUUGUUUUCCCGAUACCAAUGGAAUUGUUUCGCGGUUUUAUCACUUCUGCCCCAAAAGCCGGUCAGACUUCGGCUCCCGUCGAUCCCAACGCUUAAAUCACACAAAAUAUUUGGUUUUUUUAAUUUCAUUUUUCUCUCGUUUUUUAUAACACAAUACUUAUUACACAUUCAAUACUUUGGAAACUUUUAUUUGCCGCAAAAAUGUGACUUUUAUUGAAUAUUUGGGUAAAUAUUAUGAUUAUUUUGUGAAAACAAUUUUAUGUCUAAACAAGAUAUGGU